CCAUGCGAAGUUAUGCAUGUUUUGCAACUUUGGGGGCGGUGUAUGCUUUCUAUGAAAUUAAAUAUUUAGACAUCAAUGGUGCAUGGUUUGGUAUUUGAGAACUCUGUGAUCUGUUUAUGGUGUUUAUUCUUAAUUUGCAAACAAAUAUUUGAAGUUGUCAUGGAGGGUUGAUAAUUUCGUUCAAAAACCAUCAUCUGCUGAUUGGAUUUUGCCAGCCGCAGGUGGUGAACAGCAUCGGUCUCUGCACCUUAGCUCCUUUGUUCGUGUCUUCAUCUACAGAUGUGAAGGUAAGACUUAUUAAUUGUUUCAUAACUAUUUUGUGCUGCUUGCCUUCUAAUUGCUUUCACCGAUGGGUUUCUCUGAUUUAUAUCAACGUGAUAUUCGAAGAAAUAACUGAUUAAGCUCUCACGGACAGCCAUGGAUUUCAAGCUAUUUCGUCCCAGAUUUUGACGCGUUGCUUUCAGCAAAUGUUUGAAGGGUCAGUGAGCCUUCCAGGUUCUUUGGGUCUCAGUCUUGGCUGGUUGGUUGCAUGUUGCAGCUGCUGCUUCUAUUUUGUCUGUCUGUCUUCUAUUAAUUAAACCUCGCUUGUCUCCGUGCCUUAUGUGAAGCUUUUCAAUUGUGAUGCUUUCUGUGGUGUAAUUGGAAUAUUAUGUUAUCAUGGUUUCAAUGAUUUGUAUUGGCAGUUGCAGGAAAGAGAAAUCUUAGAUUCCAAGGUGCCGAUUGAAGUCUUUGACACUUAGUGCUCUUGAAGUCAUCACAUCAGAGGACAAAUUAUCUUGGUAUUUAAAGCUCAUGAUAUGCCAGUGGCCAUCCUAUUCGUCACUGUCCUGCUUUGUCUCCUUUCCACGGAAGUCCUGCGGCUGGGAUAGCUGAUUACCUCUUAGAAAAGGCAUGGCAGAAUGACCAUCUGGCUGGGGUAACUGGGAGACUCUAUUCGUUAUUAUUGCAUGGCAGAAUAUUGCAGCAUACCAUGACAACUGUCCCAAAAUAGAUAAUAAUAAUAAGUCGCUUGAGAACUUGGUACCUAAACUUCAGAAGGAGCAGAGCUAGUCGAUAUGGACACAAAAUAUAGUUUCUUGACUGUAGUUGAUCUUUUAUUGAAAGGGUUGAUCAAUUUAAUCAUUCACACCUUAAUAAUUUUAUGGCUGGAGACGCAACAUGGCUGCAAUUAUUGGAGGUGGAUUGUGGUUUGUCCUAUAUCUUGUCUUCUCGAAUGGUUCUUCAUCAACAAUUUUCAUUUCUUUGGCCACACAGGAAGAUUGGAGCCAAUUUGUCCCAUACAACUCUGCAUAAGUUUCCUAUGACUUGUGAAUAGGAAAAAGAUGCUCUCUAUUUGGCAAUUAAUGGUGAUCUGGAAGGAGCUGCUUGCUUUGGGGAGUUGGAGGAGGCUCUCUUUCAGGGAGUCGAUGGCAUGAGAGGAACUGAAGACACAAAAUCUUUUCUUGCGAGCAGACCCGCAACACUCGAGAUCUUCCCAUCGUGGCCAAUGAUACACCAGCAAAUUCCCAGAGUUAACACACUCUCAGCGAGGAGCUUUGAUCCAGGCUCAGCUCAAAACUAUGGGUGUCAUGUGGGAUCAGACUCCCCAGACAACAGCAAGGACUCCUCAGGCGAGUUGGCUGACCGCAAGCAGCAGCAAGAGAUGAUGAUGUCAAGUACUGUUUCCAGGACAGGAGAAACACGGAAUCCUCAGCCUUCAUCCCAAGAAAAGAGAACGAUGACCGGUUCAACUACAGCGAAAGAUGGAAAGGUGCUUGAUGAUAAGGCACUGAGACGCCUGGCUCAAAAUCGAGAGGCAGCACGAAAGAGCCGACUGAGGAAAAAGGCUUACGUGCAACAACUAGAGUCCAGUAAAGUUAGGCUUCAACAGAUCGAGCAUGAUCUCGACAGAGCAAGAUCACAGGGUCUUUUCCUGGCAGCAGCCGGCAGUACUGGAGUCAUCAGUCCCGGCGCUGCGUUGUUCGACAUGGAGUAUGCCCGAUGGUUGGCCGAGAGAUGCAAGCUCAUGUCGGUCCUCCGAAAUGCAUUACAGGCUCACCCUCCUGAGGGUAAUCUUGGUGUCUUGGUGGAUGAGUGCAUCAGGCACUACGAUGAGCUCUUCCAGCUGAAAGCCACUGUUGCAAAAGCCGACGUCUUCCACCUCUUGAAUGGAACGUGGAAGACCCCGGCGGAGCGCUGCUUCCUGUGGAUGGGUGGGUUUAAGCCCUCUGAGCUACUCAACAUACUGAUUCCGAAGCUGGAUCCGUUGGAGCAACAGCUGGUGUGGAUCUGCAACCUGAAGCACUCGUCGGAGCAGGCGGAGGAGGCGCUCUCCCUGGGCCUCGGGCAUCUCCACCUUUCUUUGACACAAAUAAUUGCCGGCAGGUCUCUCUGCGAUGGCAUCGGCGACGGAGAAUACAUGAACCUCAUGGCCGCCGCACUGGGAAAGCUUGUCGACUUCGAAGAAUUCGUCAGCCAGGCUGACAACUUGAGACGACAGACCUUGCACAAUUUGCGUCGACACUUAACCAUCAGACUAGCAGCAAGAUGUUUCCUGGCAAUCGGAGAGUACUACACCCGCCUUCGUGCUCUGAGCUCCAUAUUGACUUCUCGAUCUCCUCGAGAGAGCUUGAUUGCAGAUGAUACUGUUGUUCCUACAACAACAGACCUGCAAAUUGUUCAUCGACCACUGCAACAUCAUUUUUACAACUUCUGAGAUCAUGCUGAGGAAGCAUGUCAUGCAUACUUGCCAUUUUGAGCUCAUGCACAUUGGAGUUUGAGAGAGAGAGAGAGAGAGAGAGAGAGAGAAAGGAGUAAUAUGUUGUAUUAUCAUUGAGAUCUUAUGCAUAAAGAGAUUAUACUUGAUCAAAGGCAGUAUAUAUCAUGGCUGUUGAACAAGACCAAAGGUUAGCAGCAGAAGAUGAGAAAAGUAAUUAAUGGCAAGAAAAAGAUGUGCAAAUGUUGUAUGAAGAACCAAAUCAAUGUAUGGCCCUUUGCAACUUGACCUAACUUGGAAUAUUAAAAGAAAUUGAAGAUGCCAGCAUCAAGAUCCAAAACUUGCACUACAACACGACAAAUAUGAGAGUGCAUGGCUUUAUCAAAUGCUGCUUUCUGCAACAAGUUAUAUUGUAAGUGAUAUAUGUGAGAUCUGACUUGGUGUGGGACAAUUUGGAGUUAUAAUAAUUCUACUCCCUGGUGUUGUGGCCAUCACAGACAGCAACAGAACUCAGCUCAGCAUACAUAUUAUAUAUACACAGCCAUAGACCUACUGAUAGACUGCAGCCACUCGAUGUGUUCUCUCUAUUGAAAUCUCACUAUAUUUUAUGUGAAUUGUAAAUAUAGUAUUGAUCAAUCAAGUUGAUAAAA